GACACCACUGCCCUUGUCCGCGGGCCUGCGGCGCAGGAUGUGGUCGCAGGACAUCCAGCAGUACGAUCCGCAGCGCACCGCGCCGCAGAGGGCGCCGCAGAGGCACCCGGCAGGCGGUCAGGUGCAGGCCUUUGGAGGCAGGCGCGACCCGUUCGGCGCGUUCGACGACAUGAUGAUGUCGCCGUUCGGCGGCCUCGGAGGUGGUCUCUUCGGGCGCAGCGGCGGCGGUCCCUUCGGUGACAUGUUCGCCCAGAUGGACCCUCUCGACCAGAUGAUGGACCAGAUGAUGGGGCCCGGCGGCUCCAUGAUGGCGUCCCAGAGGUCCGCGGGCGGCGGCAUGAUGAUGGGCGGCACGAGCGCCGGCGGGGGCGGGGGCUACUCCUACCAGUUCUCCUCCAGCGCCGUCGGGGACUACAACGGGCGAGCGCAGGAGGUGCAGCAGGCCUACUCCAACAGCUCGACGGGCAUCGACAAGAUGUCGCUGGAGCGACAGCUGGAGGGCCGCGGGCGGAAGAUGGUGAAGGAGCUCGACAGGAACUCCGGCGAGGAGCGCAACACCGACAUGUAUCGAGGCAUGUCCGAGGAGCAGUACCCGGACUUCGAGCGGCAGUGGAACGAGCGCGCUGCGCCCCGCCUCCCAGCGCACGCCGCGGGCUUCGGCGGUGCGCGGGCGCUCCUGGGCGGCCGGCCCGAGGCGGCGCAGGCCCAGCCGGCGCUACAGAACGGCUUCCCCAGGGACUGGAAGGGCAGCUACGUGGGCGGCGAGGCGCAGAGCAAGCGCGGCGUGCUGACGCUGAAGUACCCCAUCGAGCACGGCAUCGUGACGAAUUGGGACGACGUGGAGAAGAUUUGGCACCACACGUUCUACAAAGAGUUCCGCGUGGCCCUGGGUGAGCAUCCCGUGCUCCUCACCGAGGCGGCCCUGAACCCCAAGGCGAAUCGCGUGCGUAUGACCCAGAUCGUGUUUGAGGCUUUCAACGUGCCCACGAUGUACGUGGCCAUCCAGGCCCAGGCCCGGCUCGGCAAGUGGAGCUUCGCGAGCAGGGGCCGCGGGUUCAGCGGAGAGGUGCUCUUGCCGUGGGGCCCGGGGCGCGAGAGGCCCGCUGUGACGGCCAGGCCGCCGAGGGUCGGCGAGGGAGCAGGGCACCGGGCGGCCUCGGGCACCGCGGGCGGUGCAGGGCCUGUCUCCCGCCUCGUCGCCACGAAGGGGCAGGCCACCGAGGCAGAAGACGGCACGGCGACGGCAGGGCCAAUGGGCGCCCUGUCGGCGCUCCUGCAGGCCGCAGACGCCGCCUGCUCGCGCACGCUGGGCGUCGACCCGCUGCGUGUGGGCGUGGCGCUGUGCGUGGCGUGGCGGCUGUGGCGAUGGCUGGGUCAGGACCUCCUGGGCCCUUUCAGCGACACGCCCGACAUCGCUGUAAAGGUCGAGGACGACGAGAGGGCCCGCCAGCUGACAGGGCGCCGCAAGUUCGACUAUGCCUCCGAGUGGGGCAAGUCGAAGGCCAUCGUGCCAUGCUGGGACCCGGCGACGAUGGACUAUCUGGGCGACGUGCCCGCGCACUCCGCGGAGGAUGUACGGCAGAUCAUUGCCAAGGGCAAGGAGGCCCAGCUGCGGUGGGCCACGUCGGAGUAUGCCCAGCGGCGGCAGUUCCUGCGAGUUCUGCAGAAGCACAUGCAACAUGGACACGAUAGUGACCGUGGCCUGCCGCGAGUCUGGGAAGACCAUGGUUGA